AUGCCGGCGGGGCCGCGCUGGUCUGUGGGUCAGCACAGUGCUCUCCUCCCAAAAUAUUGGGUCUUCAUUCCUUCUCUUUCUCUUUUCCAAAGAUAUGACUCAAAUUCUGGUGGGGAGAGAGAAAUUCAGCGAACAAUGUUGGAACUGUUGAACCAACUGGAUGGAUUUGAUUCAAGGGGAGAUGUGAAAGUUAUCAUGGCCACAAACAGAAUAGAAACUCUGGAUCCAGCACUAAUCAGACCAGGCCGCAUUGACAGGAAGAUAGAGUUCCCCCUGCCUGAUGAGAAGACCAAGAAGCGCAUCUUUCAGAUCCACACAAGCAGGAUGACACUGGCCGAUGAUGUAACCCUGGACGACUUGAUCAUGGCUAAAGAUGAUCUUUCAGGUGCUGACAUCAAGGCAAUCUGCACAGAAGCUGGUCUGAUGGCCUUGAGGGAACGAAGAAUGAAAGUAACAAAUGAAGACUUCAAAAAAUCUAAAGAAAAUGUUCUUUAUAAAAAACAAGAAGGUACCCCUGAGGGGCUCUAUCUCUAGUGGACCACAGUUGCCUAUAAGGAAAUGGUUGGGAGUCUCCUGACCCCCUCAGAAAGAUGAGGUCAGAGAAACUGCCUGGUGAAAUCCACGUUCCAGUCGAUCUUUUUUAACAGAACAUCCGUGUACCUUUUUGAGCAUGGUGGUAGGAUGCCGGCGGGGCCGCGCUGGUCUGUGGGUCAGCGCAGUGCUCUCCUCCCAGUAAAGCAUGCUCCUUCUCAAA